AUGGACCCAAGAGCUGUGAUAACACCAACGUUAACACCACCGCCACCAAAUCCACCCUCAUUGUUUCUACACUCGCUACUUCCAUUAUUUUUGGUCCUAACUGCAUUCGGACCAGGUUACCAAACCAUUUCUACUUUUACCCUUCUCUACUUUCCCCUCUCUGUAUAUUACACAAGAACUUAUACAAGAUGGUGGUGGAUAAUUUUCUACUACCUGAUGAACAGUAUAGGGACUAUGUUGGCAUAUAUGAACACAUUUAAUUUAUCGGGAGUAGGGAAUUAUCUAGGAAUAUCAUGUGUUAUUGGGCUAAUUUUAAAUUUGAUAAUGCUUAUACCUAAUAUGUUUGAUAGAAUUGCUCAACGUAAAUUUUCUAGCGAUGGGUGGGCUAGAAUUAUGGUAUUUCCCUGCGUUUGGACAGGAAUAUGGACAAUUUUAUUGUAUACUUGGGCAUUAGGUGAUUGGGGGAAUUACGUAUUUGCCCUCUUAAACUACGGGGAGAUAAUGCAAUUUGCGUCAUUCGCGGGAUUAGGGGGAAUCAAUUUCCUAUUAGCGUGGAGUGGAACAGUGGGAAGUGAUAUCAUUUCAUUUCAUUUAUCGAAGCCUCAAAAUUUCGACGAGGCGCAAACAUCAAGUACCGGAUCCAUCAUCAUUUAUAAUGAAGAUAAUAGCACGGAUACAAUUUUACGUAUCCCACCAAAUCAACCGAAAAGGGAAUUAACAUUACCGACAUUUAUUAAUUCAUUGAGUCUCUACUUGUUUGUAUUGUUUUUGGUAAUCAGUUAUGGUAGCGUUAGGUUAAAUACGGAUUUUGUCCCUUUUUAUCAAAAAAGCGUUAAUGAUACUUUUAAAGAAGCAUUGAUUGGUUUCGGUUGUAUCACGAAACAGAUAAAUAAUGAUGAAUUAAAUUUUUACAUCAAUAUGACCCGGGAUUUAGCGAGUACGGGGAACAAAAUUAUUCUUUGGUCGGAGGGAAUCCCCGGCAUUACUACCGUAGACGAAUUACAUUACUUAUAUGAUUCAAUCAAAAAUAUUUCAAUGACAUAUGACGCUUACAUAGGUUUUACUUAUAUUGAAGGUAUUGACACGGGAAAAUACUUAAAUAAACAAGUGGUAAUUAACAAUAAGGGAGAGGUUGUUAUAGACUAUAAGAAAAGUAAUCUGGUACCUUUCGUAGAGACUUUGUUCGCUAAAGGUGAUGAUAAGUUGCAAACUUUUCAGAGUGAGGAAUUGGGAACUGUUGGCGCUGCUAUUUGUUUUGAUUUUGACUUCCCCAAAUUAAUCGGUCAGGCUUCUUCUAAAAAUGUUAAUUUAAUGUUGGAUUCUAGUGAAACUUGGGUGAGUCCGGUUGGUCCGUUACAUGCUCGUAUGAACGCAAUACGGUCAAUAGAAAAUGGUUUUACAACAUUUCGUUGCAAUUCACUUGGGUUUUCAGGAAUAUGGAAUCAAUACGGACAACCAUUACAUUAUAUACCAACGGUAAAUACGCCCAUGGUCACAUUUCAAGUUCCUAUUACAAUGAUAAAGAAUAGAGUUAAAACGGUUUAUUCGAUAUUUGGUGAAUCUUUUGGUUGGAUUUGUGUUGGAAGUAUUGGGGUUUAUUUAAUUGCUAUUAUUCUGGCUCAUAAAGGUAGUGAUCGAUGGAAACUUUGGGUCAUUUAUUGGUUGUGA